GCCGCCGCCGCCGCCGCCGCCGUCAACAGCUGAUGUCAUUCUGCUAUCACCUGCCGCCGUCACCGACGUUGUCACAAUUGUAAUCUCGCCGCCAUCACCGCCGUGGUAUCGUUGCUCUUGUUUUAUCAUAGAAAAUAUAUAAUAUGUGUUUUAUGCUUUAUACUUGUCCAUAAGACUUAUUAUUAUUAUUAUAUAAUCAAAUAUUCUGUUAACAUUCAAUAUUAACAAAUCAGUGUCACCUCACCCCCAUACCGGCGCGAGUCGUCGUUGCUAACUGCCAUAUCUCGUAGGAGUUACGUCGGCGACUGAACAGGAACUGUGGAAGAGAAUACAAUCGUCACUGUUCUGUUCAUCUCGUGUGUGUCUUGUGUAAUCAGCUGUAAAAUGUACUCCUUAGCAAAGUUGUCUUACUACGCUUGCAGCGAUGAUGAAAAAUUUAUUUAUGACGAGUUGGAAACAUUAAAAAUUGACAUUCAACCCUGUUGUGAGGAUAUUAUAAGAUACCAGAAAAAAAAGGCAAAAUUAAAUAUUAUGGAUAAUGAUAUCGAUGUCAAAUUAAUAGACGACGAAGAUUACUCGAUGAGUGAAAAGGCCGCUGCCAGUGGUCAUUUAAUGUGUUUAGCGUUCGCUGAAGGAUGUGGGUUCCCGUGGACACGAACCCUACGAGCAAAAGCUGCUGUAAACGAAGAGAACCAUAAAAAAUACCUCUUCCGUUCAUAUGAUGAAAACGUAUGCGUGGAAGCGGCCCGUAAUGGCCGACUAGAAUGUCUAAUAUACCUUCGUGACAAUGGGUGUCUAUGGGACGCUUCCACGUGUGAGGCAGCCGCAGCCGGUGGGCAUAUUGAUUUGCUCCGCUAUGCGGAUGAACACGGCUGCCCAUGGAACGAGUUAACGUGUGCAGCAGCCGCGAGAGGUGGGCACAUGGACGUGCUACGGUAUGCUCAUGAAAACGGUUGUUUGUGGGACCAUUCUACGUGUGAAGCAGCCGCGAAAUAUGGGCACAUUGAUUUGCUGCGCUAUGCGCAUGAAAACGGAUGCCCAUGGGACGAGGACACGUGUUCGAGUGCAGCAUACGGUGGUCACAUGGACGUGUUGAGGUAUGCCCGUGAAAACGGCUGCCGGUGGAAUGAAGACACGAGCUCGUUGGCUGCAGGAAAGGGGCACAUGAACAUACUGCGGUAUGUUCAUGAACUCGGUUGCCCGUGGGACGAGAAAACGUGUUCGAGUGCAGCACUCGGUGGUCACAUGGACGUGUUGAGGUAUGCCCAUGAAAACGGCUGCCCGUGGAACGAGGAUACGUGUUCGAAUGCAGCAUUCGAUGGUCACAUGGACGUGUUAACAUACGCCCAUGAAAACGGCUGCCCGUGGGACCAUUCUACGUGUUAUGCAGCCACGGUAUAUGGGCACAUGGACGUUCUGCGCUAUGCCCAUGAAAACGGCUGCCCGUGGGACCAUACUACGUGUGAAGUAGCUGCGGGACGUGGGCACAUAGACGUGCUACGGUAUGCUCAUGAAAACGGCUGUCCGUGGGACCAUACUACGUGUUUUUCAGCCGCGAUAUGUGGGCACAUGGACAUUCUGCGCUAUGCCCAUGAAAACGGCUGCCCGUGGGACCAUACUACGUGUAAAGUAGCUGCGGGACGUGGGCACAUAGACGUGCUACGGUAUGCUCAUGAAAACGGUUGUCCGUGGGACCUUUCUACGUGUUUUUCAGCCGCGGAAGGUGGGCACAUCGACGUGCUACGGUAUGCUCAUGAAAACGGCUGCCCGUGGAACGAGUUUACGUGUGCAGUAGCCGCGGAAGGUGGGCACGUGGACGUGCUACGGUAUGCUCAUGAAAACGGCUGCCCGUGGAACGAGUUUACGUGUGCAGCAGCCGCGAAAUUUGGGCACAUGGACGUGCUACGGUAUGCUCAUGAAAACGGCUGCCCGUGGAACGAGUUUACGUGUGCAGCAGCCGCGAAAUAUGGGCACAUGGACGUUCUGCACUAUGCCCAUGAAAACGGCUGCCCGUGCUAUCAUAAUUAACACACUAAAAUAUAAAUAUUAAGUCCCACCGCCUCCGCAGCCCAUCUCAAUAUAAUCAUAAUGUAAAUCAUAGCUAUAAGUAUAUUAAUUUAUAAUUUAUAUUGUACACCAUUGUUUUUUCUCUUUCAUAUCGUUUCUUUUUGUAUAUUACUGUUAAGAUCGAAUGUUGUUUUUAUUAUGCAUGUAAUUGGGCCUGUUGAAAACUUAAAUAAAUAAUAUGAUAAUGUAACUUGACUAAGCCAUUUUCAUAAGUCAUUAUUUUAUCUGAGACCUACCAGGGAUAAUUAUAGUAAUACGUUAUUGAGUAGGUUUUUGUGAACCAUAAAUAAAACACGUUUUUUAAUCGA